UAAGACUCCUUCCAGAUCUCGUACUAUUCCUCCGUUGUUUUCCCGCCGGAAAACCUCUUUCCCUCGCCGGAAAACCGUCUUCCCCUCCCCAGAGUAUCUUUUUUCUCGCCGCCUUCCGGACGGUUUCUUUCCCUUUCUUCGAAGGAACCUUCUCAUUCCUUGCCGGAAAACCUCCUCUCCUCUCUUUUGGAAGGAAUCAACGGAUCUCGGUUCCCGCGCGGCCGGAUUUCCUCUCCGGAAGGUAAUGUAGCGUUCCCGCUCACUGGGAAUGGCCGUUUUAUGAUCGGUAGUGGCAGGUAUCGGUUGGUAGGGUUUGGAUUUUGGCGGAACCUUGGUGUUGUUUCACCGAUUGGACAGACAGCAGAGGUUCGAGGAGAGGCGUGCAGUAUGAGAUGGUGGAAGGAAGGGUAUGUUUGUCCAGAGAGGCUAGGAAUGCCCUAGAGAUUUUGAAACGUAAGAGGCUCCUCCAGAAAAUGAAUGUGGGCAUUGUGCCUGAAGGAGUAAAUGUCAGUAAUAUAAUGACAAGAAGUGGAGGAGAUGCUUUAAGAGCUUCAUCAUCAUGUGGAGUGAGAUUGCAUGGAAAUGCUGAUGCAAUCUCUCGGGUCAAUGGUGCUUCCAGUGUUAAGGAUUCUUUUUCAAAGCACAAGGUGGAAAAGUUUGAUACAACUGAUUUAGGAUGGAUAGAUGAAAUUCCAGAUUGUCCUGUAUUUACUCCUACAAAAGAGGAGUUUGAGGAUCCCUUAAUUUAUCUGCAACGGAUUGCACCAAUUGCUUCAAAAUUUGGUAUAUGCAAGGUUAUUUCCCCUUUGAGUGCUUCUGUACCUGCGGGUGUUGUAUUGAUGAAGGAAAAAGCUGGUUUCAAGUUUACAACUAGAGUGCAACCUUUACGGCUUGCUGAGUGGGAUACAGAUGAUAAGGUCACCUUUUUCAUGAGCGGAAGAAAUUAUACCUUCCGUGAUUUUGAGAAAAUGGCAAACAAGGUGUUUGCCAGAAGAUACUCUAGUGCUGGAUGCCUUCCUGCAAGGUACUUGGAAGAGGAAUUUUGGCAUGAAAUAGCUUGUGGAAAGACAGAAACUGUUGAGUAUGCAUGUGAUGUUGAUGGCAGUGCCUUUUCAACUUCUCCUAACGAUCAACUUGGAAAAAGCAAAUGGAACUUGAAGAAGCUUUCUCGGCUGCCCAAGUCUAUAUUACGUUUGCUGAAAACUCCAAUCCCGGGAGUAACAGAUCCCAUGCUUUACAUUGGAAUGCUAUUCAGUAUGUUUGCAUGGCAUGUGGAAGAUCACUAUUUGUACAGCAUCAAUUAUCAUCAUUGUGGGGCAUCAAAAACUUGGUAUGGGAUUCCAGGUCAUGCAGCUCCUGACUUUGAAAAGACAGUUCGGGAGCAUGUAUACACCCGUGAAAUUCUAUCCACCGAAGGAGACAAUGCAGCUUUUGAUGUACUCUUGGGAAAGACAACCAUGUUCCCUCCAAAUAUUUUGUUAGAACAUGACGUCCCUGUCUAUAAAGCUGUACAGAAACCUGGGGAGUUUGUCGUCACCUUUCCUAGAGCAUAUCAUGCUGGAUUCAGCCAUGGUUUUAAUUGUGGGGAGGCAGUGAACUUUGCAAUUGGUGAUUGGUUUCCAUUGGGUGCUGUGGCCAGCCAACGUUAUGGACUCCUUAAUCGGAUGCCCCUGCUUCCUUUUGAGGAACUUCUCUGUAAAGAAGCAAUGCUUCUUUUUAAGAAGUCGUUGAUUCUAGAAUCCCAAGACAUGGCUCUUUCAUCAGCAGACUUGCUUUCUGAACGAUCCAUAAAGGUUUCUUUUGUGCACCUAAUGCGCUUUCAGCAUCGUGCUCGCUGGUCGCUUGUGAAAUCAAGUGCUUGCACAAGCUUUUUCCCAAAUUCCCAGGGAACUAUACUCUGCAGACUCUGCAAACGUGACUGUUAUGUGACAUACAUCAAAUGCAACUGCUAUAUGGAUCCUAUCUGCCUUCGCCAUGAGAUUGAGGCAAGGGGCUGCCAUUGUGGACGCAAUCGUGUUCUCUUUUUCAGAGAGGACCUUCUGGAAAUGGAAGCUGCAUCCCAGGAAUUUGAGUGGGAACAUGGAAUAUUCGAGGAGGUUCAACGGCAAGUACAACACGAUGAUGACUCAUGCCUGCCUACUAGCUUGUUUCCAUGCAAUGAAGAAAAUGGAUACAUUCCAUAUUGUGAAAUAAAAUUUCAACUGACCUCUGAAUUUCCGGAGCAGGCUGCAGACCAGUCACAAGGUUUUGAUGGUUUCUCUCAUAGCUUGCCUAUGCCGAAUAACAGGAAAGGAUGUAACGAAUCAGAUGCACCAGAAGUUGCUCUGCGACUUACAGCAUCAACUGCAUCUUCAUUGGAGCCAGAUGAAAGGUCUUCUUCGCACAAUGACGGGUGUGCUGAUUUGGGCAAAGAAACAACCUUCUCCACUACGAAGGGUUCUGAGAAAGUAUCAUGUGGUGCAUAUGAAUCUUUGCAUCCCUCUCCACCUCAUAACAACUGCUUGACUAGCGCACAAGGCAAUUCUCAUGGAGUGCAAGUUACGCCCGUUCAUGAUCAAUACAGCGACGAUUCUGAUUCAGAAAUAUUCAGGGUUAAGCGUAGACCCCCUGCGAAAGUAGAGAGGAGAAAUGCAAACUGCAUAACUAACCCGAAAGUUCCUGAACAACAGGUGCUUAAACGGCUGAAGAAACUCCAUCCAGAAGGAAGGCGGGGGCCACUGAUAUCAUCUGACUGCCUACCUGGCAAGCUGGAACGGCAUUUGCCCCCCACAAUCAAUUCCAAACAAUCUUAUGUUUCUGCUCCCAAAAACAGGAAUUGCGGAGGAGUCACCCCAAUCUCCUUCAAGUCCAAGCGGCUGCUAACAGACACAAAGCCGGCCAAGGAGGAUGCUCCGGAAAGAAAACUGAGGGAUCAAAUUGGAAAGGACCGUUUUCAGGUGGAUGUAGGAAUGGCCUCUAGGGAAUUGCCUUCUUGUGAUAUGGGACCAAAACGGCUGAAGGUUCGAGGGCCGUUGUUUCCUAGCAGUGGGGAGCAACAGGCCAGGCCGUUCUGUCGAUCGCCAGAAGACGAUGAGAAAUCCUGCGGGCUUGCAUCGGGGGUGUCAUCUAGAGCAUGACUGACAUCACUAACCACAUUCCUAAUGGGGGUCUUAACAACAGAAAACAGAAACUGACAAUGGGGAAGCAGCAGCGGCAAAUUAACAUUUAGGACACAUUGGAUUCUUUGUGCGGGCCUCAGAAUCGGGGCGCUGGCACGACCGUCAUCGGAUUCUUGGUUUCUCGGCCGGGGCAUUUUUCAUUUUCGGCGGGGGACCAGCCACCUGCCAAUCUGGCAAUCUAUAUAUAGUAUAGAGAGAGAUUGUGUAGCUGAAGAUGAUGUAUAUGGGUUGAUUGAUUCUUUUGAGCAACAAGUGGGAAUUCCACUAUCUCAAGGUCAGUCUGCUGCUUUCCCUCUCAAGUUCUUUAUUCUUUCAUCACAACCGUUCCUUGUACCCUCCUCUGACUUCUGUGAAUAAAAAUCAGAGAAAAUUGCUUCCUUUA